UUUGUUCCUUGUGCCCUACGAAGAGUUACGUCGAUUGAUAAGCCUUGUCUCGGGAUACCCCGGGACUCCCCUUGCGCGUUCCGCUACCCUCUCCAGUUUGGUAUCAGAUUCAACGCCAUGCAUUCUACUGCUCUUCAUAUUGCCGGAGAAAACACCUAACUUGUUCUGUUGGCAACAAGGUAGUCCGUCUUACACACCUAUCUUGAAAUGGCAGAUGGUUACGAAACGGUUACCGUGGGGUGUUCUUAUUCUUGUUGGCGGUGGCUUUGCCAUGGCUCGAGCUAGUCAGUUAUCAGGACUCUCCGUCUGGAUAGGAAAUCUGUUUCGAGACUUCGCCAGGCAGGAUCCAACUGUGAUGAUGUUCGUGAUUCUCAUAGUGGUUGGUUUUACAACGGAAGUGAUGAGUAACCCAGCUACGGCGCAGCUGUACCUUCCGAUUCUCAGAGAUAUGUCUGUAUCCAUAGGAAUAAACCCUUUGUACUUGAUGAUAGCAGCAACGACCGCUUGCUCAUUUUCCUUUAUGCUGCCGACAGCAGCGCCACCAACAGCCAUCGUGUUUGCGACAGGGUAUAUAUCCAUACCAGAUAUGGCAAUGGCCGGGUUUCCAAUGAAACUGAUCGGUAUUGCAAUGUCGAUGUUGGCAGUUAAUACGUGGGGAACAUGGAUUUUUGAGCUAGACAAGCUUCAAGACUUUCUGAAAACUGACAACAACACUGCUUUAGCUAAUUCCAGUAUUUCUUUAUUAUCAAAUGUGACAAACACAUCAUCAUUAGUUCAUUUGAAUGAAUCAGUUCUGAAUUAAAAACUAAGCCCUU